AAUAUGUGGGUGGGCAACACACACACUAAGAGAGAGAAGGAGGGUUUAGAGAAAGGUGCUACACAAGAUAUCACGAGAAUUGUGUGAGUGAGUGUAGGGAGUAACUGGUUUUAGUUACUCAGAAAAAUACAUCCAGGUGUAGGGUGUGAAAAGUCUGUUUAUAAGUGUCUGUUAUUUAGCGCUUGUAAACAGGGGAGAGUUUUUUGUAUAUCGUUCUGAAAUAGUGAAGAUAUAAUUUUUCUCUCAUAUAUUCUUCUUGUGUUUGUUCUCUCAUUUUUCUGGUGUUCUCAAUAUUUUUCGGUAUCUUACGCGCUUAAAAUCCCAACAAUUGGUAUCAGAGCCUGGUUACAUUUGGGGCGGAGGGAUUUCUAAGCGGUAAGAGAGGAAAAUUGAAGAACUUGAAAAAUGGCAUCAGUAAAAAGUUCGAAUGUUUCUGUCGAACCUUUCGAUGGACGUGGUGAUUUUACUUUGUGGCAACAACGAGUAAAAAGUGUUCUUACUCGGGAAGGGACAAUCAAAGCUCUGAAGGUGAAGGUUCAGAGGACAAAAAAAAAGGACGGAUGCUGAGUGGGCCAAACACCGAAAGAACGACAAACCAGAAAAAUUGUCGGAAGAAGAGUGGGAGGAUUUUGUUAGACAAUAAUAAUAGUAUUACUUGUGGUAGUAUUGGUCGUGGUAGUGUUUCAUUAUUAGUCAGCUUCCUAAUCCUAUUUGUGGUAGAUGUUGUAUGUUAGUUAGUUUUUAUUCUAUAUUCCUAGUUGUGAGUCUCUCCUAUAUAUACUCUAUCAUGUACUUCAUAAUUCAAGGAGCAAUACUAUUAUUCCAAUAUUUCAAAAGUGUUCUUACUCGGGAAGGGACAAUCAAAGCUCUGAAGGUGAAGGUUCAGAGGACAAAAAAAAAGGACGGAUGCUGAGUGGGCCAAACACCGAAAGAACGACAAACCAGAAAAAUUGUCGGAAGAAGAGUGGGAGGAUUUGAAGGACAUGGCAACAAGUACAAUAUGCCUAUGUCUUGCAAAUAAUACUCUUCGGGAGGUUCUCGGUUUGACGGACCCGGUGGAUAUUUGGGACAAGCUGGAGAGCUGGUACAAGUCAAAAUCGUUGACAAGUAGGCUAUACUUGAAGAAACGAUUGUUUGGUCUCAAAAUGGCGGAGGAAGCUAACUUUAAUGGUCAUUUGGAUGAAUUCAACAAGAUUACAACAGAGUUGGAAUCCAUUGAUGUGAAGAUUGAAGAGGAGGACAAGGCGCUGCUUUUAUUGGCUUCAUUGCCUUCAUCUUUUGACAACAUCGUGACCACGCUCUUGUUUGGAAAAGAGACCUUAAAAUUUGAUGAAGUAGUUGCUGCGUUGUUGAUGAACGAGACUCGGCGGGGUGGCAACGGGCUAUCAAAUGAUGGUCAAGCUUUGGUAGCAAAAGGAGCUGGUCGGGAACGAGGACGGUCUAAAGAGAGGGGCGGCGUGUCCCAACGCUUCAAAUCGAGUAGUAAAAGCUUUCGGUGUUACUACUGCGAUGAAGAGGGUCAUUUCAAAAGGGAUUGUCCAAAGAGGAGGAAAGAAAAGAAGGACGGGAAAACCCCCGUGACUGCGAUUGCAGAAAGUUCGAACCAAGCAAGUGAAGAAGACUUGUUUUUGGCAACCGCAAAGAGCCUAGGUAAAUCAGAGUGGAUAUUAGAUUCGGGUUGUUCGUUUCACAUAAGUUCAGUUAAGGAACAGUUUGAUACGUAUCAAACUUGUGAUGGGAGAGCUGUGAAGAUGGCAAAUGGUGCACGGAGCAAGAUUGUAGGGGUCGGAACAGUGCAAGUUCGCAUGUUUGAUGGCGUGGUGAGAACAUUAACUGGAGUGAAACAUGUCUGGUCCGCCGCUGCUCGUGGCCGAGGCCGAGCGCUUGACCUGCCUUCGGAAGCCUCUGGAUGGAAGGCCGGCCGUGGUUGCUCCGAGGAUGACCAACCCUGCUGGGGCCGAGUGCGCAGUACUGCCGAGGCGAUCUUCGCUAGUCUUUGUCCUGGUUUCGCCAAGUGGGCCUUGGCAAAGUUGGGCUGGGCCGUCUUCCUGCUGGGCUGGACACCCCCAUUCCCCGGUAUCCAUCAUGAGUCCCCUACUUCCUCGGUUGAGCGCAGAGUCCCCCGCUGCCCAAGUCGAGUACUGACGAGGGUUGGGGAGUGUCCAACUGGCCAGAUUUACACGUGUCCCUUCAAUUCUGAGAAGAAGCGCCACGUCUCUUCGCAAUUGUGCCUUUUCAUUAAGUCGGGUCGGAUCUCUCUAAUGUAUAAAAUUGGGAAUUCUCCCAAUGUUCUCCACUUUCGCCAUUUUUGCGCCGCAGCUUUGCCAGCUUUGCCGUCGAUUUUGCUCAAUUUCUCCGCUCAGUCGCCGCCGCCGUCGCAGCACCACCUGAAGGUUAGUUCACUCCUCCCCGCUCUCAUGACGUCUUCUGAUUCCAAUCCUUCCACUCCCGCUGUUGACCCAGCGGUGGUUUGUUUCGAAGAAAUGUACCGUCAAAAUCCCUCCCUCCGCCCCGACGGCUUGAUGGGAGGAAUUGACCAUUCUAGGGUUCUGAGUGCGGUGCCUCUCCGUACGUCCGUCACCGUGGCGUCGUCGUCUCAGGCGGCGCCCUCGAAGAAGAAAAAGAAGAAAACAAAAACGGUUCAAAGGAAGAACCCGAGAUCCUUACCCGUUACCGCACUGGAAACGGGUCCGAUUACAAAUACGGGUUGUCUUUUGUUGGACAUUGACUUUGACGAGGCGCUCCGCUUCGUGGGAGAUGGCUACGUGGUGCGCCGACCGCACACAACCAACCAUGUCUUCUCAGUGACCUGCCCCGACGCCGAGGUCAGGGUGCAUGUGGCGUCCAUGCGCUACGGCCUUCGCUUCCCUCCUCACGAUCUGAUAGUCCAAUUUCUGAACUUCUACAAUCUUCUUCCGGGUCAGCUCAGUCCCCACUCCUACUACUGUUUCUCAAUCUUCCUGAUUAAGUGUCACCAGAGGGGAGUCCCCUGGUCUUUGGAUUUGUUCCAUUAUAUGUUCAAGAUUUCCAAAGUGGGGGCCCUUGAAGGAAAUUCGUAUGCCGUCGUUUCUUCCCAGGCCGAGUGUGGCAUGGCCGUCUUUCCCUCAUCCUUGAAACUCUGGAAGGCCAAGUUCGUCUUCAUUUCUGGUUUUCCCGGGGGCCGGCAUCCAUUUCAAGCCAGGUUCCCCGCCUGUCAUACGUUCAUUCGUCAUCCUCGUCCCCGGGCCACUCCCGAGCUUUGCGCACACAUGCAGAAACUCUUGGAGGACUGCCGGCCGAAACCGCCCCACGUGUACACGAUCUGUACGGAAAAGAAUUUGGCGGGGGUGGGGAUGCUUUUCUCCCUCGAGCGUCAGUUCGAGUUGACCGAGGCCAUGCUUGGGGGCCGUCCCAAACAUGGGCUUGAGGAGAGUGCUCCGAGGUCAGAGGAUCUGGAAUCGGAGGGCGAAGAGGUGGAGGAUGACGAGGAGGUGGAAUCCGACAAGGAGUCAGAACAGCCAUCCUACUCCGAGGGGAUUGCUGACGCAGGGGAGAUGAAUCCGGUGGAUGUUAUUCGUAAGGCCAGGCUGCUAGCCCGAAAUCGCAGUAGGGGAGAAGAGGUUCAACAAAAGACUCCAUCUGAGGAUGCAUCUGGGUCCAUUGUUCCCGUCCCGAACCUGGAGGCGGCCCCGACUCGGAACCAGAGGAAGAGGAAGGUUAUCCAAGUCGAGGAUGAAGAUAACGCGUCCGAGCAGGACAUGGCAUCGAACCAGGGUCCAUUGAGCAAACGGCCGGCCGAUCGUCUGGAUGGGAAGUGCCCCACCUCCUUCGAAAAGGCUGAUGGGGAUGUUCAUGCCGAGGCCGAGGUGGCAUCCUUAACUGCGGUGCUGAAGGACGAGGAUGAGAUCCUCUCGUCCUUGCAAAAGCUGGUGGAUGGAUUCCACAAAAAGGUAUCGGCGAAAUUGAGCUCAAUCAGCAAUCGCCGAGCUGGGCCUGAAUUCUCCUCAGGCGUGGAUUAUUUGGCCUCGGUGGAAACAGAGUUGUCCCGCCUAAGGAAAUUGGCGGAGACCGAGCACGAACAAGCCGCCGAGCUUGAAAUGCAAGCUGUGGCGAAGUCUGAGGAAGUGGUCCGACUGCAGGGCCUUCUGAAGGAGUCGGAGGAAUCAGCCUCCCAGUUGACGGCCUCAAUGUCCGAGCUCGAGGGGCGACUGCGGCAGUCAGAAGGUCGGAUUUCCGAGCUGGAUAUUGAACUGGCCGAAGCUCUCUCCGCGCAGCGGUCAGUGGAAACAGAGCGGGAUCGGCUUCUCGUCGAGAAGGAACAAGUCGUUGCUGAGAAGGAGCGCGCCAUCCCCGAUUUCCUUCAGUCCCCAUCUUUCAAAGAAGCCUGCCUAGAGAGGAUGUCCGCCUACUAUGCAGAUUGGCUCAAAACCGAGGCCGGCACUGAGAAGAUGGGAGUGGAGGGAACGAAGUGGUUCGAGAGCGGCGUCUAUCAUGGGAUUCAGCUCGUCCUCCGUCAGGUCAGAAGAGUAGAUCCGUCCUUCCCUCCGCCUGGGGUCGAAAUUCCCGAGAUGCAUGAUCCCAACUUGAACGACGAGCUCGGGGAGAAUCCAGAUUACCUUGGGACGCCCGAGCACGAGGAUACGGGUGCAGAUAAGGAUGUCGGCGAAGAACCACUCUCAGAUGUCCUUCCUUAAUGUUUUCCUUGUAAUGUUUGAAAUCUUAUCCCUUGUUGUAAUGAAGAUUUGAUUACUGUUUCGUUGCAUGCGUGAAUAGUUGAGUAGACUUCUGACAUUAUUUAUUUGAAUAAAUUUGAAUUGCGCCU